AUGUCUGACGAGGGCUCUGAGACCAUCACAACUCUACCUUUCCCGCCGGUCACUGCCGCGCAUAUUCUGAACUGUUCGUUUCAUUCGUGGCACCCACUUUUUAGGCCUUUGACACCGAAGGCCAGACUGAUUCCAUUAUCGCCACCAUUCCUGGAGUACCUCCGAGCUGAUGGCAUCUUGUUGCCUCCAGACAACAGUCCAAAUGAUGCGGAUAGCGGCUUCGAAGACGAGGAAGAAGAAGACCCGUCAGAACCGUGGUCGGAUAUCCACGAGCGGAUUCGGUCAACCAUUUACGAACUUGGAGGAAAAGUCGUCCCUAAACUGAACUGGUCUGCCCCAAAGGAUGCAACAUGGAUGGCGACCACAAACGACAUGGAGUGUCGGACUCCGAACGACAUUUACCUCCUUUUGAAAUCUAGUGACUUCGUCACUCACGACUUGGAACAGGCCUUCGACGGUUGCAUCGAUCAGGCUGAGAUCCCGUACCACCUUGUACUGCGGAAGUCUUUCAACCUCAAUCCAUCAUUAGAGUUUCGUUGUUUCGUACGGAAGAGGAAACUUAUUGCCAUCAGUCAACGUGAGAUGAACUAUUUUGAGUUUCUUUUCGAGCUGAGACAGUCGUUUAAGGCCAAAAUCCAGGAUUUUCUAGAGCGCCUAUCAGACUUUCCGGACGCGAAUUUUGUGUUCGAUGUCUACAUACCUCCACCACAUGAUCGGGUUUGGCUCAUAGACAUCAAUCCGUGGGCCCCAAGGACAGACCCUUUAUUAUUUUCGUGGCUCGAGAUACUACAAAUCCCUGAGCCAGAAAAGGAUACUAUCUUUGAUCCUGAAUUUCGACUUGUGCAACGCGAUGACCCCGAGGCGUAUCAAUUCGCAACCACGAAGUACAGCGCUCAUAAGCUGCCGAAAGAGGUUGUCGACGCGAGCAUGGCGCCAAGCGAGAUGAAGAACAUGAUGGAAGAGUGGAAACGUGUGAUGGAAAAGCAAGUCGACGAGGAUUCAGAGGAUUCAGAGGACUCAGUCACUUGA